AAACAUCACUCGGAAAAAAAAUAUUUUGGCAUGACAAAAUGACUUAACUAAAUUGAUCCAUUUAAUUCUUAAAAGGGUCAGUAGUGAACCUCUGGUGUAAUGAUCAAUAACGGACAGUAGAGGGAGACAAGGCAUCACAACACAAACACUUUGCGUGAUUUGUCCUCCGCGACAGGAGAUGGCAGCAGCAGGAACAGUAAAUUCAACCAAAUUCCCUCUGUUAGAUAAGCAACAGUUAUUCAACAUUAGUAAGAAAUGACUUCCAUGAAGAGAAUAUUUUCCAAAACCCGUCGCAUUACAGUCGGACGCCUUGUUGGAGUCACUCUCGCCUCUGGCAGAUGCUUCCAUGCGGAACUAGUCAGAACCGAAUCCAGCGGACUGCCCAUUGUUCAUCACAGCAAGUAUGUGUGCGAGCUUCCAGCAAACCACAGGUUUCCAAUGGCCAAGUUUCCUAGAGUUUUACACUUUUUACUUCAAGACCAAGUCAUCACAGAUAGACAGGUUUGGGUUCCUGAGAUUGCCUCGAAAGACUUGCUCGGCGCCGUGCACACUGAGGAUUACCUGAACAACUUCAUAAGUGGAAGAAUAAACGAGCAAGAGCAGCGGAGGACGGGUUUUCCUUGGAGCGAGGGCAUCGUGCGACGGUGCCGAUACGAAACGGGUGGGACUGUUCUCGCUGCUGAAGUCGCUCUACGGAGGGGUCUGGCCUGCAGCACGGCGGGGGGAACCCAUCAUGCUUUCCCCAGCUACGGCUCAGGGUUCUGUCUCCUCAAUGAUUUAGCAGUCGCAGCCAAAUACCUCAUGAACAGCUCAUCAAGGAGGAGAAAGGUUUUAAUCGUGGAUUUAGAUGUGCAUCAGGGUGACGGCACCGCUUUCAUAUUUAAAGAUGAGCCAUCUGUGUUUACAUUUUCAGUGCAUUGUGGGAAAAAUUUUCCCGUCCGCAAACAACAGAGUGAUCUGGAUAUCAGCGUGGAGGAUGGGCUGGAAGACGAGGAGUAUCUCUCCACAGUGGCAGAGCACCUACCCUGGCUGCUGGAGACUUUUCGUCCGGAUCUGGUUUUGUACGACGCUGGUGUUGACCCGCAUCGGGAAGAUGAACUCGGGAGGCUCCGUCUGACCGAUCAAGGGCUCUACCAGAGAGAUCUUUAUGUGAUGAAGACUGUGGUGAAGAGAGGCGUUCCUAUUGCUACCGUUAUUGGUGGGGGAUACUCCAGAGACAUCGACAAACUGGCCCUCAGACACUCCAUCGUCCACAGAGCAGCUACUCGGGUUUGGAGGGAGUGUGGAAUGUAAAGCCAAAGGUGAACCGUGACCUUUAAGAAACAAUAAAUAGAAAGCAACAACAAAAAAAGGCUGACCAUUUGUUCCUUUGUUGUUCACUAGUAUGGAAUUUAGACAAAGCAGUUUACCUGUGAUUAAAUGUUCACCUUUUGUUAAUCAAACACACCAACAUAAAAAAAAAAGCUCAAUGUGCAAACAAAAAAGUACUGGAAAGACAUAGCCUAAUGGGAGCGCAUGUGGAAAUGAUCUACGAAUCAAAAAAAGGUUUUGUGGAACCGCAAUAUCCCCGUUAUACUUUCCUAUAAACCUUUUAAACGACCAACUUCUACCAGAUCAUUGAGAAAAGGUAACCGUGGAGAACAAAAGAUGGCGCCAAUAUAGCAGUAAAGGCAAAGACGUGUUGAUGCAUAUCAUUAUGAGUAUAAUCAUCAAAUCAACAUAAUGAUAUGCAAGGUUAUAUUGAGAAUAUAGACGUGUUCACAGCAUCUCACGUUACAGACGGAUCAUGACCCUAAACAUUAUUGCAACACCUCAAUUAUUGACAAAAUUAUUUAAUGAAGAAAAAGCUAUUUAAAACCACGAGACAUUGAGGUAUCCAUGCCGCAUAACAACAAUUGGUCCUCACACACUUUAUUAAAAAAAAACUCAUUCUUCUUGGCACAAUGAGUACAGAUAAAAGCACAGAGUCAGAUUUUAAAGCGUCACUUUUUUAUGCCAUGUUCUGACAUGAAGCAGUGACACGUUAAUGGUACAGUGCAAUGUUUCAUUCACAGUAAAUGAGGCAGUUUAUUUGCUGAAACACACUGUUGGUUUUUUUCAGCUUGUUACAAGACGUUAUGCAGCUGUUCCUGAUAUUAACAUCAAAACACUCAAGACGGGUAACACCGGUACUUUAGAAGAUGUUCUAAGCUGUUCAGAGCACUACUUGUAAAAGAAAUGACUUCCAAUGCCUUGCAAAAGUAUUCGCACCCCAUGGAAUAUUUCUAGAUAAAGUUUUUCCAAGGACUUUAGGCGAUAGACCAACACAAAAUAAUCGUUUAAAAAAAAAAAAAUGUAAAAUUACCCAUCAAAUCAAUUACUCCUACAUAAAAGCCAACCCAAUUACCUCUAAAAGUUGCAUGUUUAAGUUGCACAACAC